CUGGAAUCUGCGAAGCAACUAAUUCGUACUUAACGCCAGAACUCGAGAAGCGACAACCACAAAAUCUGGACCUGCGAAGAGAAGCCAAAUCCAAGUGUUUCAUCUGUAGUAUCUCCCGUUCUUAAAGGAGAGCAGAUCAUAAAUCUCCAGACUUCUCUAAUGGAGGCACCCGCAAAGGAGAACAUCAUAAAAGUAGAAAGAUCUAGCCCCGUCGUCGUCCUACCAGAAUAUGAAACACCCGAGGGUUCCAUGUUCUUAAGUAGCCUUGAUCAAAUGGCUCCCGCAAUCGUGCCGACCGUUUAUUGUUUCGACAGGAGUGACGCAAAUGUGGUAGACGUGAUUAAGCAAGCUCUGGCCAAAGUUCUGGUUCAUUACUAUCCAAUUGCCGGGAGAUUAGCCAAAAACUAUUGUGGGAAGUUGGUUGUCGAUUGCCAAAAGAAGUUAGGAGUCCCAUUUGUGGAGGCAACGGCUGAUUGUGACAUCAAAAAUCUUGGUAAUUUGAUAAUUUUCGAUUCUGAUGUUUUAGGUAAGCUUGUUUACAGAGAUCCUAUGGAACAUAUACUUGAAGUUGCCCCUCUUCUAACCGCACAGGUGACGAAAUUCAGAUGUGGAGGUUUCACUUUAGGGAUCGCACUUAGUCAUUGCAUGGCAGAUGGUGUGUCGGCAAUGAAUUUUAUGAACGCAUGGGCUGAAAUAGCAAGAGGCGAGCCUUUAUCCCUCGUCCCUUGUCAUGAUAGAACUGUCCUAAAAUCAAGGUUGCCUCCUCGAAUCACCGGUCCUUACAACGAGUUUGUUCAUAUAAGUGAUGUAUCAAACAUGACGGCAUUUUAUGAGGAGCAACAAUUCGUACAAAAGUCUUUCCACUUUGAUGCUGAGAAGCUGGCCAUCUUAAAAAUAAUGGCAACAAAAGAUGAACAGGUAACAGGCAGUUGCACCAACUUCAUAGCACUUGCAGCCUUCGUGUGGCGGGCUCGAAGCGUGGCCCUCAAGAUGAAACUUCACCAACAAUCAAAACUUCUUUUAGCAGUCAAUUUCAGGUAUAGGCUAACACCACCAUUGCCCGACGGCUACUUUGGGAACGCCGUGGCCUUGCCCUGUUGUCUCUGCUCGGUUGGAGAGUUGAUUGAGGAGCCAAUCUCUGCUUCCGCGGGGAGAAUAAAGAAGGCAAUCGAGAGCGUGACGGACAACUACAUUCGGUCAAGGAUCGACUAUUUGGACAUGUAUCAAUAUGAAGGAUUUCCUCUGGGCACUCUAGUAAUAACUUCAUGGACAGGGCUCGAGUAUGGCUACACAAACUUUGGUUGGGGAGAGCCGACGUUUGGGAUGGGUGACCUACUAAGGGAAACCUGCUUGUUUAUGACAGAAGGGAAAGAGAAAGGCAUUACGGUGGUGUUGGGUUUGCCCCUUUCAGCCAUGAAUACCUUUGAGAAGCUUGUUUGUGAUCUGAACGAGGCUUAGUACAAUAAUAUUGUUAUUCAAAAUUGGUUUACAAAGUAUGACCAACUACAAGUGGAUCAUCAUAUUCAACACCUGAAUGGAAUCCAUCAUUUUAUUUAAUAAAUCAAUUUUACGGGUUUA